AUGGAGAAGAGUGCAAGGAGGCGAUUGGAUUGUAUUUCUCGUCACCUUGUAUUACCACCUCAAGCUAAUCACGGUCUGCAGCAGGUGCUGUUAUUAAGUAAUGGGCAAGUGAAGAGUGAGGAGGCAGAGCCUGUGGUGAUAGGAGGAAUGGUGUUGGACAUUCAUGCCACACCUUCUAUCCCUGCAAAUCCCAGAACCACUACUCCAGGUAAGGUCAGCUAUGUACUAGGAGGGGUAGCAAGGAAUGUUGCUGAGUGCAUAUCAAAGCUAGGAGCAAAGCCAUUCAUGAUUAGUGCCUUGGGGCUUGACAUGCCAGGAAACUUAUUGUUGGAUCACUGGAAGUCUUCUGGGCUAUCUACUGAAGGGAUUUGGAAGCACCAAAACAUUGAGACUCCUGUUGUGUGCAAUUUACUUGAUGUUAGUGGGGAGUUGGCUGCUGCUGUUGCAAGUGUAGAAGCCAUCGAAAAAUUUCUAACACCUGAGUGGAUCCAGCAGUUCAAAUAUAAUAUACACUCUGCUCCAGUGUUGAUGAUUGAUGCAAACCUGAAUCUUUCUGCGCUAAAAGCUUCUUGCCAGUUGGCAGCAGAAUGCGAAAUUCCGGUGUGGUUUGAACCUGUAUCAGUAGCAAAAUCUAGAAGAAUCAGUUCAGUUGUCAAGUAUGUAACUUUUGCUUCACCCAAUGAAGAUGAACUUGUUGCCAUGGCAAAUAAUUUGUCUGGUGGAAAUGUGUAUCGUCCAAUUGAAAGGAACAAUAGCAGAAAGAAAUGUUCAACAGAAACCUUGUUCCAUAUGCUAAAAUCUGCAGUCUGGGUUUUGCUAGAGAAGGGUAUUAAAAUAGUUGUUGUGACAGUUGGUUCAGAUGGUGUGUUCUUAUGCUCUAGAGGAGGGCCAAGCUUCAUGAGGAUUGGUUGUGAGGGAAUCAAACAGUAUGCUUCCAAUGGAGAAUUAUUUAAUACCGUGACUGCAAGUUGUCCUUCAAAUCUGUUCUCGAGUCCUCCGGAUUCUGAGAGAAGCUCUUUUCUCUUUGCUGUGCAUUUUCCUGCACUUCCUGCAUCAGUGGUGAGGCUUACAGGGGCUGGUGAUUGCUUGGUUGGGGGAACUAUUGCUUCUAUUUGUGCAGGUUUAGAUGUCGUGCAAAGUCUGGCAGUUGGUAUUGCAGCUUCCAAAGCUGCAGUUGAGGCAGAGACCAAUGUGCCUUCUGUAUUUAAUUUGGCUGCAAUUGCAGAUGACGCAAGAUCGGUAUACUCGGCUGCCAAAGUUGUGUUCCAUCAAUCAAUGCCGUAA